CACGACAGACAAGAUUGUCCGAUCGCUUUCAGAUAAACUGCUUGCCUACUUGCAGCACGGGCACGCUGCUUGGUCAGUGAGCACGCUUAUCACGGCCAAACGUAAGCGACGUGGGUAACGCGUUGAAGAACAAACGCUCGGAGCAUAACAGCUAGCCUAACUGCGGCGGAAGCGUAGGUUUUGAAGAUGAUAGGCGACGAUUUUGGCGCUUCUACAAGUUCGGCAGCGGCAGACGAACUUCACCGGGGGAUAUGUCUCGCCGCCGUUGGGGAACCUGCCGCGGUCUUAACCAUGUACGACGCACUCUCGGUUUGGACUGACGGCUGUUCCGGAUACGACGUGCUCUGCGAGAUUGGCAGUUUCUCCGUGGACGGAGUAAGCGGCGCAUAUGUCGACGGUGCCAGUCAAAAAAGGUACCUACGGCUUCCUAUCUCGCGGUGUCCUGGUUGGGAUCUGAACACCGCAAAUGAAGAUGCAGUUCUCAGAAAUAGGCUAUCCUCGCUACCAUCACCUGGGCUACUCCACUGGGUUAUUUUCAACAAAGACAAAGUGGCGGCUCGAUCAUCGAGGGAGGACAUACCUUCGUCGGUGCAAGGAAUGCACAGCCCACGCACGGAUUUCGUCUGUGGCCGACACGUCUUGGCAAAGGUUCUGUGCACGCCGUUUGAGGAAAAAAUGGGCUGGCGGCUCGUGGCGUCUCGGCACCGAGGCAUCGUGUACAUCCAUCCAAUUCGUCCGAAUACAGAAGUGAAGCAGCCUCUCAACGACCGCCCCAACUGGAAACCGGAUCGCAUGCGUGACUAUGCCAUCAGGUUCUGUCGCCUCAUGACCACAAGUGAGUGCGGAGCAUCCGAAGAAAUAACGAGCUUGUCCUUGCGCCUUCUUUUGCAGGGAUUUUUAAGAUUUUCACCCCAUGGUAGAGCAGCAAAUUAAAUCUGCGACGAUACCAUCCUAGCCGUAGAAAAACCGUGGCAUGCAGCGAACACAUACUGGAUAUAUUUUGAGUGUUCAUCUUCAAAGCUAUUGCGCUGCCCUUAUUACGUCAAAAAAAAAAAAAGACCGUGCACCUCACUAACACCGACAACGAAUCCCAUCGUGCCGCCAUUGUGGGAGCGAGCGGGGACACUUGCCCACAACAUUUUGGGAAUGCAGAAAGGAUUAUCCGCGGCAUGUUGCACCCGGUGGCCUAGAAAGCACGUGCAAGGACUCCGCCACUCGGAUUACGCUUGCGCCGCAAAACCUUGCUUAAGUUACUAAUGCUGCGUAGAAGCAGUGGUUUGCGUGCACCGUCACGCCAUGAUCAAAUGCCGGUGUAGGUGCA